AUGUCGAUCGAUGAGGCUACGAACCCCAAACUGAAGACCCAGCUCUUCGAGUAUGGGCAGCGUCGAAGACAGGAUGGACCUUACAAAGACAAUUUGGAAGUCGAUGCCCUCGUCGUUGGCGGUGGUUUCGGCGGCGUUUUCUGCUGGUGGUCUCUCAAACAAGCAGGCUUGAACACCGUCAUCUACGAAGCUGGUAACGAUCUCGGUGGAACUUGGCGAUGGAAUUGUUAUCCCGGUGCCAUGGUCGACUCUGAAGUGCCAGAGUAUCAACUUUCGAUUCCAGAAACUUGGAAGACAUACAACUGGCCAAACAAUUAUCCAACGUACAAGGAUCUGAGAGCUUACUUCGACCACUGCGACAAAGUCCUUGGAGUCAAGAAUGAGACUGCAUUCCACAGUGUCGUUGUCGGCGCCAAUUUCGACACGAAGGAAGGUCGCUGGCACGUCAAGACUGCUGAUGGCAGAACUGCCUUUGCCAAAUACCUCGUUCUCGCUGCUGGUUUCGCUGCCAAGCGAUACGUACCAGAAUGGCCAGACAUCGACAAGUACGAGGGUGUUGUCCACCACAGCUCCUUCUGGCCAGACGAGGAGAUGGAUGUCCGCGGAAAGAAGUGCGCAAUCAUCGGUACUGGUGCCACGGGUGUGCAGAUCACCCAAGCCUGGGGACCAGUUGCUGGCGAGCUCAAGGUCUUCCAACGCACACCAAACCUGACUGUUCCCAUGCGUCAACGCCCCCUUACAGUCAAGGAGCAAGAAGAGGCGAAGCGAUGGUACCCAGAGCUCUUCGCUUAUCGCGAGACAUGCUUCGGCGGCUUCCUGUACGAUUUUGCCGAGAGAGAUACCUUCCAGGAUACUCCUGAGGAACGAGAAGCUUUCUUGGAGAAGCUGUGGCAGGAUGGUGGCUUCAGAUACUGGGUAGCCAACUACAGAGAUUACCUAUUUGACGCCAAGGCCAAUCGAGCAGUCUAUGAUUUCUGGCAGAGGAAGCAAGCAGUUCGCGUCAAGGACCCACGCAAGCGCGAUAUCUUGGUUCCCGUCGAACCACCACACCCAUGGGGCGUCAAACGUCCAUGUCUCGAGCACUCGUAUUUCGAACAAUUCAACCGACCGAACGUCGACGUUGUCAAUAUUAAGCACAACCCAAUUGUUCGCUGGGACAAGAAGGGCUUCUUCCUGCAGGACGGAACGCACUACGACUUUGAUGUCAUCGUCAUUGCCACUGGUUUCGACAUCACCACUGGCGGUAUGACCGCAAUGGGCCUUACUUCAAUCAAUGGCGAGAAGCUCAAGGAUCAAUGGAAGAAGGCAGCAUACACCUACCUUGGCACCACUGUCGCUGGAUAUCCAAACAUGUUCCAUCUCUAUGGUCCUCAAGGUCCAACCCUCCUCUCGAACGGCCCAACUUCGAUCGAAAUCCAAGGCAGAUGGAUCACCGAUACCAUCAAGCUCUGCGAGCGCAACGGCAUCAAGUACAUCAACCCAACUGACAGGGCCAGCCGUGAGUGGAAGUCAAAGAUCAAUGAGCUCAGUGACAAGACUUUGUUCCCAACAACCAAGAGCACGUACAUGGGCGGCUCAGACCCGAAGAAGGCAUUCGAACAGACUUGCUACUCUGGCGGAGAAUACGAGUAUGCCAAGACGAUCAGAGCUGUUUUGCCAAACUUCGAUGGAUUUGAAGUCGUCAAGUAUUGA